CCCGGCCCUGCGCUCCCGAGCCCGGCCACUGCGCGGGAGGCGGGGGAUUCGCCGUCCCGCCGGCAGGUGGACGUGGCAGGUCGAGGGAGAAAACACACCUAGUGUGGGUCCCGUCUUGUCACGAGAAACCCUGGGACUUUUCGGGCUGAUUUGCGUUUGAGAAACGACUCGAGCCGCGGGAUCUUCUGGAAGGCAGUGGCAAAAAUGCUGAGCUUCCUCCGUAGAACACUUGGGCGUCGGUCUAUGCGAAAGCAUGCUGAGAAGGAAAGACUAAGAGAAGCUCAACGAGCUGCUAUACAUAUUCCUGCAGCUGGAGAUUCUAAGUCUGUCAUCACGUGUCGGGUGUCCCUGCUGGAUGGUACUGAUGUUAGUGUAGACUUGCCGAAAAAAGCCAAAGGACAAGAGCUGUUUGAUCAGAUUAUGUACCACCUGGACCUUAUUGAAAGUGACUAUUUUGGAUUGAGAUUUAUGGAUUCAGCUCAAGUAGCACAUUGGUUGGAUGGUACAAAGAGCAUCAAAAAGCAAGUAAAAAUUGGUUCACCCUAUUGUCUGCAUCUCCGAGUUAAAUUUUAUUCCUCAGAACCAAAUAAUCUUCGUGAAGAGCUUACCCGAUACUUAUUUGUUCUUCAGUUAAAACAAGAUAUUCUCAGUGGAAAAUUAGAGUGUCCCAUUGAUACAGCAGUUCAGUUGGCAGCUUAUAAUCUGCAAGCUGAACUUGGUGACUAUGAUCUUGCUGAGCAUAGUCCUGAACUUGUAUCUGAGUUCAGGUUUGUGCCCCUUCAGACUGAAGAUAUGGAGUUGGCUAUUUUUGAGAAAUGGAAGGAAUACAGAGGUCAGACACCAGCACAAGCUGAAACCAAUUAUCUAAAUAAAGCCAAAUGGCUUGAAAUGUAUGGAGUUGAUAUGCAUGUAGUCAAGGCUAGAGAUGGGAAUGACUAUAGCUUGGGACUAACCCCAACAGGAGUUCUUGUUUUUGAAGGAGAAACCAAAAUUGGCUUAUUUUUUUGGCCCAAGAUAACCAGAUUGGAUUUUAAGAAAAAUAAAUUAACCCUGGUGGUUGUAGAAGAUGAUGAUCAGGGCAAAGAGCAAGAGCAUACAUUUGUCUUUAGACUGGAUCAUCCAAAAGCAUGCAAACAUUUAUGGAAAUGUGCUGUCGAGCAUCAUGCUUUCUUCCGCUUGCGUGGCCCUGUCCAAAAGAGUUCUCAUAAAUCGGGAUUUAUUCGACUGGGAUCGCGGUUUAGAUACAGUGGGAAAACUGAGUAUCAGACAACAAAAACUAAUAAACCCAGAAGAUCAACAUCCUUUGAAAGAAGACCCAGCAAGCGAUAUUCUCGGAGAACUAUACAAAUGAAAGCAAGUACAGCAAAACCUGAAGAACUCAGUGUUCCCAAUAAUGUUUCGGCCCAGAGUAAUGGCUCCCAACAGGCUUGGGGUGUGAGAUCCACUCUGCCUGUGGUUUCUCCUGUUGCCUCUGGUCCUGUGUUGGUGGAGAUAGAGAAUCUUCCAAGGAGUCCUGGAACAGACCAGCAUGACAGGAAAUGCUUACCUCUAAAUAGCAAUUUGCUAGAUAAUCCAGAUAUAUUGGAAACAACCACUGAUGAUGUCAUUGGAACACCUGACACUUGGAAGGCAUCCCAGGCACCAGAUGAAAUUAAUAAAGACACCAGACAAACUGGAUUAGAGGAACCAGAAGGUGACUGUAGGACAUUUAAAGAUGUCUCAGAGAAGCUCAAACACCUUGAGAUGGAAAACAGUCCUUUGCCAUCUCCUUCUCCUAACAUUGAUGUUAACAUCAACAACCAGGAGGAAGUGGUGAAGUUGACUGAGAAAUGCCUUAAUAAUGUCAUUGAGAGCCCAGGAUUGAAUGCCAGAAGAGUUCCUCCUGACUUGAAGAGUAACAUUUUGAAGGCUCAAGUAGAAGCAGUGCAUAAGGAUACAAGAGAAGACAGCUUAUUAAGUCAUAAAAAUGCCAAUAUUCAGGAUGCUGCCAUAAACAGUGCUACAGCAAAUGAGAAUAAUGUGCCACUUCCUGAAGAUUGUCUUGAUCUGAUGCAUGCACCUGUGGGAAAUGGUUCAGUUCUAAAGGAUGCUGCAGAUGAAUUGGACGCCUUGCUUUUAUCCCUAACUGAGAAUCUAAUUGACCGCACAGUUACACCUCCGGUACCUUCAGCAUCCAUGAUUACACCCCGGUGGAUUGUACCACAGAGCAGUGUCCUCUCUAAGGAACUUGCAGGAAAUGGAUCAUCCUUGAUGGGGAAGGAAGGACAUGGUAACAGAGAAGUAAUCUCGCUCAUCUCUCCCCCAGCACCAUUCUUGGUGGAUGCGGUGACCAGCUCUGCUCCAAUUUUGGCUGAAGAAGCCAUCUUGAAGCAGAAGUGUUUACUGACAACUGAGCUCUAAGGGAUUGUGUCCUCCCCAUCUCUAACUGGAAUGCCUCACACUCUCCAGCAGUCUACCUGGGAAUCAAUUUUCACUGGAAUGUGUUGGAUUCAGGAGCUAAUUUGUCCUCUACUUGUGGGUAAAAGAGCUCACUUAGAUUUGACAUAAACGCCGUGAAAAAGCAUACAUUUUCUGUCCAACUGGAAGAAUUUAUAUCAUACUGCGUAUUUGCCCAAAUGCAGAUAUUUGGUCUCUCACGUUCAAUAGUUUUAUUAAGGUUGUAAAUUUCUAAGAUAGUGGAAUUACUUUCUCUGUCUUGUGGUCCUUCAAACUCUUGGCUCCACCUAGUGGUUGUAAUUGUUUUCAGUGCCUCAUGGCAAGUUCAUCUCUGGUAGUUAACAGCCUUUUGAAUAUUAUUUCUCUCUAGUCUCAGGGUGAGUGUCCUUGAUCUGAAUGCCUGUUAGAAAAAUUGUACUUUGCCAUGCAUUAAUUGGAAAUCAUGAAUUUAGGGAAUUGGGGAAUACUUAAGGGCUAGGUAACUUUUUAUAGUUAUUAUAAUACUAAAAGGAAGUUUAGAAUACACAGUAUUUUCAGGUGUCUCCCAUACUUUUGACUUCUUACUGGACUGUUUAAAUACUCAAGGUUUGCAUCAAGGUAAGGUAAACCUUGGAACACAAUAAAAAUAAAACAGAUAAACCUUGAGAAGAACCCCAGAGACAGCAAUGGCCCAUCAUAUUUUUUUCAGCCUUGUCUUCCCACACUAUAACUUUUCAGCCUGCAAAGAAUAGAGGGUGUUAAAGACACACUGGGCCCUUCAGGCAUCCACAUUACUUCCUGAGCCAGAUGGGGAAUACAAACCAUUAUCGGCUCAGGUAAUGAAGGAGCAGCACAGCAGUUUCUGGGCUGUCGCUACUCCACAUUGAUACUUACUUAAACAUAGGCCCUAUUUCCUUUUACAUAAACUGAAUAAAUGUGUAACUUGUAAACUUUGAAGAUAGAAACCAAAGCAAAACAAAAAUACCGAACAGAUUUUGGGAAUCGGGGGAGGGAAAUUUUUUUUCUUGAUACCCACCAUGCCUGAAACUACACAGCAUUGAAAGAACUCACAUGUGGCAUUACAAUAGAAAUUCUCUGUUUUAGAACAGUCUCUAGAAUUUCUUCAUCCCUUUUGAUCUGUACCCCAAAAAAACUAGAUGUUGAAAUAGUAAGUACAUGCUCAUUAUAGAAAAUACAGAAAAGUAUAAAAAUAAUUACCUGUAAUCUCAGCUUCUAGAAAAUUACUGUUUUAGGUUUAAAACUUUAGAAUGCCUGAGGUAAUGCUGCGGGGAAUAAGGAUCUAGAAACCAUGUCGAUAAAGUCAUCCUUAAUCCCUGUUAUCAAGUACCCAUGUUAAGUUAUUCCGCCUGGAAUUGUUUUUUGCUUUCCUCCUCUGUGAUGUAUGUAUAAUUGAUUUAAUUUAUGCUGCUCAAAAAAAAAAAGAACAUCUUUAAAACUCCAUAGUUUGAGCUCUCCUGGGCUCCCUGUAGCAUAAUCAUGUGCUCAGGCAAACACACACUAGUGUCUGACUGGAAAGCUCAGGAAUUUUAAUCUUGUGCUGUUUCCCAGGUAGCUGUAGAGAUUGGAAACCACUUUUGCACAAAACACUUUUCCUGGAGCCAAGAAAGUUGGCUCUUUUUGCUGACUGCCUUCCCUUAACCAUUAUGUGAAGCUUGUGGAUUUCAUUGGAGAAACUCUUGUCAGUUCUUAAUGGUAAAACAAAUUUUCUUGCAGUUUUAAGUGAUACCUAGAACUAAGGGCUUGACCCAAGACAUGUUGGACUGAACAGCAAAUUUUCAAUGUACUCAUAACCCUCGAUGUACUGAGAGGUUAAAGUGCUUCUAAUCACAGAGCAACUUGGAUAGCUUAAUUCCCCACCCAGUUUAGGAGUGGGAAAUUAUUUUAAAUUUUGAAUUUUCUGAGAUUUAGGAAUAAGUAGUUUAAAAUACUCCAUAACCUUUGUAUUUUCGGGUACCUGUCUUCUUGCCAGUCAGAAUAUUGAUAGGGACAUUCUUAAAAUUCAUUUGAAUCUGAAGUUAAAGGGACAUUUGUCUCGUGUCCUGAUGUGAAGUGGUAAAUAUGGAAAUUAAUGUUUUAUUGAUGAAUUGGCCCUGUCAGAUUAGAUACCUGUCAAGUGUCAGUUUCCUAUCACAUCUGCUGCUGGGUGUCGUGCUCACAGCUGCUGUAACACUCGCCUUGUUCUGUUCAUCUGAGAAUGGAGGGGAGGUGAGGAUAGGGCUGAGGAGAGCCUGUGAAUGUGUCCAUAGGGGAGGGGCUGUCUCUGUGAGGAGAGAAGCAUGUGUGAAUCAGUAGAGGUUGCCAGUGGAGAUCUGAGGUAGUUCUGGAUAAGAAGGCAGGCUGAUUACUUGGAAGUAGGAGAGGCAGCUGUAGUGGUGCUACAGCCUGGUGACCUUCAGGGCAGAGUACCAGAUUACAAAAGAUUAAACUCUACCUGCACAUCUGAAUCAUCUAAUAAAUAAAGGAAAACUGAUCUUGAGAUGAGAUAAAAUAGCCUGCUGGCUGUUCAAAAUGACAGCUAGUUGGGCAGGAAGUUUUUUUCUGAAUCAAGAUGAGGUUCCCAGGCAAUAGGACAAUAUAGCUUGAAGAAAUACUGACAACAUUUAAUUAAGUCAGGAGUAAUGAGAUGUGUGAAAGAGAGCAAGAACAGUAGUUUAUUUGAGCACUCCAGCUAGAAAGCUGGUACCGUGCUUUCCUUGGAAGGCAGCUUGAAGUUAAUUUAUAGCUGAGAUAACAGACCGAAUCAGCAAAAAUAACAAAGUCUACUUUGGCCAUAGGUUCAGCAACUCUGGUUACUUUCUUUCCAGAUUUUCCAGGACCAGAUUUUAUUCUGGUAACUCAUUAGAACACCAAUGAUAGAACUUAUCACUAAGAGCAGAUGUUAGGUGGGCACUUUUGUCCUCCUGCUGUUGCCUCUCUCGACUGUGAGGAGCACCAACACUCAAAUACUACUUUCUGCUUUGCUGUGUGCUCGGCUCUGGGCGCCCCCAGCACGGUGCUCUGCUGUGGGCCAUCUGCUGCCAGCCUUGGGAGAGCAGAGAGGAAUCCCAGGUGGGUCCAUUGUACAGCCUUGCAAGGGGAUGGGAGAGUUGGCAUGGUGAUUUAAAAUAUGCUAUGUACGUUUCAGGUAACUGCCCUAGACUCUUCCCCAGAAGUUGUAAAAUACUACAUGAGAUCUUCAUUUUUAUUAGUAGUAUUACCUUUGCAUGCACAGGAAGGGCUCAUUGUUCUUUCCUUCUCAUCCUUUAGGAAACACUGCUGAAUAAAGAAAUAAUUAGGUUCCCUUGGUCUUCUAGGCGGACCCAGAAGCUUUCAUAACACUUUUAGGUUGUUUUAAGAGAAAUUCUCUUGUUUACUAUUUCUUAUUGUCUACUAACUUCUCAUCUCCUUUAUCUGAUUUACACAAUCACAGAUGUUUUGUGGACAGUUCACGCUGCAUGCCCUCAUUCAUUGCCUUCAUGACUGGUUCUCUUACGCUUCUCAUCUAGGUAAGCCUCACAUGAGAGCUCAGCUGUCACAUUAGUUAGAGCAGAAUUAUGUAGCAGCCACUUACACUGAGAAAGUCUUUCAUGUAUUUCUAAAGUAAGGGUUUUGAAAAGCAGAUUUCGUAUUUAGGUCAGGGGGCAGAAAACUUCGUAUGCAAACAGCAGAGCUAGUACUUGGCUCCUCUGCUCUUGGGGUGUGCCAGCAGCUUAGACAAAGUAAAUGUACAAGCAAGGCUGUGUUUUAGUAAUUUAUUUACAAAAACAUGUGCUGGCUCCCAAUUUCAAACUGUGUAGAGUAGUAGAGGUGUUCCCCCAGGACGGAGACAGGUAGGCAAUAGGUUCUUCAAUGUCCUCUCACUUGGAGGCACCUGACAUUUCUAAAUAUUGGCACCUUGUUCACAUCUGGACAAAAUGCAGUUGUGAGCCUCCCAGCUCUCAGUCUGUGUGUGGUCUCACCAGUUUCUGAUUAAUCUUGUCCUUGGUCUUUCAGUUACUUAGAAACAUGGAACCCUUUGCAAACUGAAGCAUGUACAUUGCUCUUUUUCUUCCUUUCAAAAAUUUAAGCACUCUAGGUCUUGAAUGAUAAAAGAAAAUGGGAAGCUUUUCCUGUUAGCACAUGAGAUGAAGAAGUUUGUUUGGACUAUAGAUACUGCCCUAAGCCUAACUGCUGUAUUAAAAUAUUGGUAGAACUGUGAUUGUUUCCAGUUCUAAGAGAUAGGAUUGUAAGUCUCUUCAUCACCUUGCUUGAGACAAAUGAUUCUGUCACUUCUCAGGAUUUCUCUUUAUCAGAGAGGUUUUAGCACAGCUCCCUUGCUCUUUUUAUCUUCACAUCUGGAACUAAUACUUAUGAGGACCUCACUGUUUUGUGUUUACUUUUUAUACAUGUAAAGAAAGCUUUGCUGUAGCUUUUAAAGUGUAAUUUAUUUUUAUAUUGAGUGCACUAUUCAUUCACUGUGUUCCACAGUUUUAUAUGACUUGUAUUAGAAGCACUGCACUAAACUGAGUUGUUUGUACACUGAAAUGACAACUGUAGAUAUGACCACAAAUAAAGCUUUUGUGAAACACUUACAGUUUUAUGAACUGUUUGUUUCUUGGAGGUGUAA